AUGUCAAUUACUAAGCGCACAGUGCUCAUCACCGGCUGCUCGAAUGAGAGCGGCCUAGGUGCCAAUCUCGCGAUCGCCUUCCACAAAGCCGGUCUGCACGUCAUCGCCACAGCUCGUAAUGCCUCAACGAUGAAGAAACUCGCAGAGCAAGGUAUCGAAACGAUGGCCUUAGAUGUAGAAUCUGAAUCCUCCAUCUCCACCUGCGUUAGCCAAAUACCGCAGCUCGACAUCUUGGUGAACAAUGCCGGAGCCAUGUACUACAUGCCUGUCACCGACAUAUCCAUCGCGCAAGCCAAGAAAAUCUUCGAUCUCAAUGUGUGGUCGCACAUCGCGGUGACACAGGCUUUUAUCCCUUUGAUAGUCAAAUCGCCUCGUGGCAUGAUCGUGAACCAAACAUCUGCCGCCUCUGUUACGGCAAUUCCGUUCCAGUCCGUGUAUAGCGCGUCCAAAGCCGCUUUGGCAAUGCUCUCAGCCACACUGAGGCUCGAGCUGCAACCUUUCGGCAUUGCGGUUGUGGAUUUGAGGACCGGAGGGAUCAAUACGGGGUUUCUCGAGAGUACGAACAAGUCGAAGACUCCAUCUUUGCCGGAAUCUUCGAUUUAUCAGCCGGUGAAAGAGCCCGUGGAGAGAGUGCUGAGAAGGGAAGGACUCCAAGGCUUUGGACCUUCACCGGAGAAGUGGGCUAAGGAUGUUGUGCAGGAUUUGUUGAGGAAACAUCCUCCGCCUGAGAUAUGGAGGGGAGAGUUGGCUUGGUUCGCGUGGUUCGCGACGAAGCUUCCGUCUGGGAUGUUUGAUGGCAUAAUCAAGAAGUUCAGUGGGAUGGACGUCGUUGAGAAGGCUAUGCAAAAGUGA